AUGUACGAGAACACACUGCCCAAUGAAGAGUAUUUAGGGACCCUGGCGUGUGUGGUUUAUUUUUCUCAGCUCUCUGGUGGAUCGGGUUCCAAGUGGGUACCUGGGCGCCGCAUUCGAGACACUUUCAAAGACACAAUCGGCAACUUCAUUCUCCGGCCCACCCUUCAGGCGUUCAGCAAGACUGUUGCUGCAAAUCACACUACUCUGGUGGAUAGCUUAGAAAUAUUGACUUUUUCAAGCGUUCCCCUCCAGAACUACCUCAAAGAACUUGACCCCGAGAUUGUAGAUGAACAAUGCGCCGGAGAUUACAUUGCUGGCGAGGCCUGUGUUCCUGGAACCGCGAUGUAUUCUUUCAUUAAAGAAACUUUGAAGAACCAGCGUAGCAAAGUCCGUUCUGUGCUUCUCACCAAUAUCCUCGGUGUUAAAGAGGAUAGCGCUCUUACUGUUCCGUCUGCAAAAUCGGUUGUCCUUCUGGUUGCACGCACGUUUGUCCCCAAGUUAAAAGAUCUGGGGGACAAGGCCUUGAUGAUCAAGCUGGGGCCUGAGAAGAUCAGGUGGAUCAUAUUUAUGCGAUACGUGACAGCUUACCACCAUCUUAACCACACUGAAAACAAACAACGUUGCCAAUGGACCAUCAUGGACGAAGCUUUGGCGGACCUUCGCGCGAGGCCUGACAGCGAUCGACCCUUGUUUCUCAAUCAGAUUGUGCGCUAUGAUCGAGAGGCCUUUAAUGGCAAACGAACCUGGGCCACUAUCAAAGUCUCAGAACCCCUCCGAGCCCCCAUCGCGAGUGAAGUUCUGGCAAGUGUAGAGGCAAAUCCAGGAGGUGGGUCUGGCUCUGGGGAUAUGGAGACAGAGGAGGUAGACGACGGUGGAGGGGAUGAAUGA